UACAAGAACACACUAAAAUCUUUUGUAGUGUGCAAAUUAAAUCUUAAUUUCUAGUGUGCAAAAGUAAAUCGCUAGUGGAACAGAUUUAAAAUUUUUAGUGUUUUAUAUUUGCUUUCAUUUACGAAUAAGAAAGUUUUUAUACAAUUUUUAAGGAUGGCAAUUAUCACUUCGAAUUGGAACACUGAUUUGUUAACAUUAUUGGCGGUGAUCCUAACAAUUAUUUAUUUUUAUUUUAAAUCAACAUUUAAUUAUUGGAAAAAACGUGGUGUACCAUAUGCUGAACCAAACUGGAUAUUUGGAAAUUUUUACGAUGCAAUAACAUUUAAAAAGAACAUAACAUCAUAUUUUUGUGAACAAUAUCACAAAACAGAUGAAAAAGCUUAUGGUUUAUACAUAUUUCAACGUCCAUAUUUAUUACUUCGAGAUCCUGAGUUAAUAAAACAUGUACUAGUCAAAGAUUUUAGUAAUUUUAUACCAAGAACUAGCGCUGAUGUAAAAGGUGAUGAAAUUGGUCGACAUAAUAUGUUUUCAAUGAAAAGUGUCAGUGGAUGGCGUUAUAUUCGUUCAAAACUAUCACCUUUCUUUACUUCUGGAAAAAUGAAGAAUAUGUUUGGUUUGUUAGAUCAAAUUGGCGAUCAAUUAACUCAACAAGUGAAAAGCCAUGUAAAAGAAACAUUGGAUGCGAAGGAAAUAGCCAGAUUGUACACAACAGACGUAAUUGUAUCUACAGCAUAUGGUAUUGAAGUGAAUUCUUUUUCGGAUAAGGAAUCAGUAUUCUCAAAAGUUGGGAAGAUGAUGAUAACGUUUGAUCUCAGGCGCAGUCUCGAAUUUUUAUGCAUAUUUUUCUGUCCAAUUAUGGUAAAAAUAUUUAAUUUUAAAUUGUUCAGUAAAGUUGGUUCAGAUUUUUUGCGAAACGUUGUUACGAAUGCAAUGGCGGAACGGGAAGCAAAUAAUAUCAAGCGACCAGAUUUAAUUGAAGCAUUAAUUACAUUGAAAAACAAGGGAACCUUAGAAGAUUCUAAUAAAACAGCCGACACUGUUGCAAAUGGAAACAAUUUGAAGAAUGAUUUACCUCCAUUCAAACUAGAAGGUGAUAUAUUGGUAGCACAAGCGGCUGUUUUUUUUACAGCUGGAUUUGAAACAACAUCUUCCGCUAUCUCGUUCACAUUAUAUUCACUUUCGUAUAACCCUGAAAUCCAAAUAAAAUUACGGAAAGAAAUUCAAGCAGUAAUUGCUCGGAAUGGUGGUAAUUUCACUUACGAUUGUCUUAAAGACAUGAAGUAUUUAGAUGCAUGUGUCAAAGAAACAUUACGAUUAUAUCCAACUCUAGGAUUUUUGGAUAGAGAGGCCCUUGAUACAUACACGUUCCCAGGGACAAAUAUUACUAUUGAUAAAGGCACUGCAGUAGUUAUUUCGUUAGAAGGCUUACACAGAGAUCCACAAUAUUUUGAAAAUCCUUUAGUAUAUGAUCCCGAGCGUUUUAUAGAAGAUAAAAACAUCGUACCAUACACCUAUAUGCCUUUCGGCGAAGGACCUAGAAACUGUAUUGGUGCUCGUUUUGGAAUGAUGUCAACUAAAGUUGGAUUAGUUCAUAUAUUGAAAGAUUUUGAAGUUUUAACUCAAAAAACGGCUCCACCACUGGAAAUUGAUAACAAAGGAUUUUUGUUAACAGCCAAGAAUGGAAUUAACUUGAAAUUUGUACCUGGCACUGUGUAUACGGAGUAGAUUUGUAAUUAAAAGCAGAUUAAGUGGAAAGUUUCCUUUUCACUUAAUGUUAUAACAUAUGAAA